AUGGAUGCUCUCCCCAGCAGCCCCCUCGAAUGGCUCUGUACAGGCGUCACUUUGCUUUUUGGGGUGACUGUGCUCUGCAUGGUCAAGAGGAGCCCAGUAGAGAAAGCAGAUGUGCUGGUCUGGAGGGUCCUGCCUGCCUUGCUGGGGCUGCUGUGCGUGGCCACCCUGGGGGCUGGCGUGGGGCUGGUGGUGUUCUGCGCCGGGUGCCUCAUCUCCUCCAUGUACCUGGGUGUCAGGGCGCUGCUGCCUGUGGGUGACAAAGCUGUGCUCAUCACAGGAAGCGACACUGGGAUUGGACAUGCACUGGCUAAAUACCUGGAUAGCUUAGGUUUUGUGGUGUUUGCUGGGGUUUUGAAUGAGAAUGGACCUGGAGCUGAGGAACUGAGACGGACCUGUUCUCAGAGACUCUCUCUGCUGCAGCUGGAUAUAACCAAUGCCACCCAAGUCAAGGAAGCCUAUCUAAAAGUGUCAGAGAAGGUGCAAAAUACAGGGCUCUGGGGAGUUGUGAACAAUGCCGGCAUCCUGGGCAUCCCUGCUGACGCUGAGCUGCUCCCCAUGAGAACGUACAGGCAGUGCAUGGAGGUGAAUUUCUUUGGGGCUGUAGAGGUGUCAAAGAUUUUCUUGCCAUUACUUCGGAAAUCUCGGGGGAGGCUGGUUAACAUGUCCAGCAUGGCAGGAGGCAUUCCACUACCGAGGUAUGCUGCAUACUCUGCAUCAAAAGCAGCUCUGUCCAUGUUUUCGGGAGUAAUGAGGCAAGAGCUUUCCAAAUGGGGAAUUAAAGUUGCUGCAAUUCAUCCGUCAGGCUUCCGAACAGGUAUAGAAGGCACAUCAGACCAGUGGGAUAAGCAAAUAAAGGAGCUGAUGGAGAACCUGCCAGCAGCCACAAGGCAGGACUAUGGUGAGGACUACCUCCUGGGGCUGAAGAGCUACCUCCUGCACAUACCUGCGUACUGCAGCGCUGACCUCUCCCCCGUGCUGAGUGCUGCCCUGCAUGCUUUGCUGGCCAAGAAACCACAUGGCUUGUACACCCCUGGCAAAGGGGCUUACAUGUACCUCUGUAUCUUCUGCUACUUUCCUCUCUGGUUCUAUGACUUUUUCAUUAGUAAAAUGAUGAGUACUGAGUCUCUCCCAAGGGCACUGAGAACAUCAGAAGCUGAGAGCAAGAAUCUCUAAGGGUGUCCAUCAGCGUUUGUCUUACUUGAUGAGAUAACUGGGAAAACCUCUAUUUUAAGACACUGCUAUUUAUUGUACUGUCUUUGUUAAAUUGCAUUUACGCUGCCUUGCAAACAGAGGUAAAUCUUUGUGUUAAAAGUAAUGUUCAGGAAAAGCAGUGGAUAAACAGAAAUAGAAAGCUAUCUGGAGGAGGAAUUUCAAUGUUUUCAUGACGUCUUUGUAUCCUGCCUUCUGUGUAAGGUAUCUCAUGAGGUUAUAGAGUUCGUGUCUGCUCCAAAAGGCACCACCAACACACAGACACAUUUAUAACCUGGUUUUGAAAACAAAACAAAAAAUUCCUUGAGAAUCAACAACCUUCUUAAACAUUAAAAGAAGUUGCAUAUAAUCCUAUCAUUGGAGAGAUUUAGCAAUGUCUAAUGCAAACCUUUCUCGCUGCAGCUUCAGCCUAAUGUUUUGUGCUUUUUUUGCUGUUUGUUUUGGGUUUUUUUCUGUUGCUGUUGGACCUGAGAAAUGAUUGACCUUUUUCCCGCAAGUUUUAUGAAGUUCGGCUGUGAUGUUUAUAUGUGCUUUUAGUUAGACUAAGCAACAUAAAUUAGUUGGGGGAAAAAUGAACAAAGACAGAUCAAGACCUUCACAAAGCAGCUAACAAUCUCCCUCCUACAGUAUUAGAAAAAGUAAUAGUAAGUAUAUCAGCAGCUAAUUUGAUAUGACUGUCUUGGUGAUUCUGUGCAUUGCCUGUAUAUGCCUGUGCUGCUUUAAUUAUUAUUAAACUCUGAUCUCACUUCUGCUUUUCGUACAAUUCCUCACUCAGUACCGGGUUUUUGAAGAACUCAUGUUUUUGCCCAUUUCUUCCGACACUUUCCUCUGUCUCCCUCUGUUUUGGGAAGAGUUUGUGCUUGCUCCUCUAAGAUCAGUCAGUCUUCAGGUUGGCUUUACUGGAGUCCAGUGUCCAUCUUCUGACAGAUUUUGGAUUUCCCUUCCCUAAAUUAAUUCUAGGAACAUCAGGUGGCCUCCCUGCGGCUUGGCUGUCCCUGCACCUAUACCAUAAAACCCUCACCAAUGCCAAGAGGUUGGGCAGCUCACCUAUACUUUCCCUACCCCACUCCCUUUGUGCAUUGCCUGUCACAUCCUCGGGCUUUGAAAGGCUGGGAGAUUUUGAGAGAAAGCCUUAUCCCUCCAAGUUCUGGUUUGGCCUUCUCUCCUAUGCCUUGCUUUGACCAGUUGCAUUUCUUUUCUGAUGAUGAAAAAAUAAAGUCAUUAUGUUCUGGGCUUUAAAUGUAGAUGCACUUUUUUCCUUUCCUUUCUGAGCAACUUCUAGUCUUCUAUCAUAAUCCUACACGUGUGAUGUACUCUUACAGUCACCUGAACAAAUUCACAGUUUAAUUUGCAUCUCUAGUAUUUCUUCCAUCUCCUUCCUGCAUCUUUUACAUCAAUGUGAGACUCAUGUAAAUGCACAGAGGAUGCUCAGCAGACUUCCCCCACCGUUUUAAUUUGUGCCCUAGUGUGGAAAUCCUCCUGUCCUGUACAUUUUGUCAUGAUUACUGCUUUUGCUACUGAGGCUUAUUCUCCUCAUGGGUUUACAACAGUCCCUUGAUUACAGAAUUUUGCUUUCGUAUGAGAAAGUGUGACCAAAAAUGCUUUUCACUCAGAAAAUCUGGGACUAUUACUAU